ACUAGCGAAUGAUCUAAUCUAGCGCUCAGAUCACACUUUUAUAUUAAACGAAUACAUCUAUAGUUACGGAAUACUGAUUGCUUACUAUUCUGUGGCUGGGCCACGGAAUACCAAGCAAGUACUAUUCUGUGACUGUGCCGCCACAGUUACACAAUACACAGUUAGAUCGCUAAAAUACCGUGCUGCAGUUGCAAGCCAAGCCACAAAUCUGUGGAAAAUGUGGAAAAGUGACAAAGUAAUAGGACGGUCAGUCUGAAAGUUAUAAGGUCCGUGUUUUGAUUUCAAAAUAGAAAAAAAAUGAAUUCUGAUACAGAGGGUGGUUCCAAUUCCAGUGACAUGAAUACAGAAAAAGAAGUGAAAAAUGAACUGGAAAGCAAGGGCAACAUUGAAAGGGACCCAACUAAGAUUGUUGUGAAUACAGAAAAAGAAGUGAAAAAUGAACUGGAAAGCAAGGACAAUUUUGAAAGGGACCCAACUAAGCUUGUUGUGAAUACAGAAAUUACAGAAAAAGAAGUGAAAAACGAACUGGAAAGCGAAGACAAUAUUGAAAGGGAUCCAACUAAGCUUGUUGUGAAUACAGAAAAAGAAGGGAAAAAUGAACUGGAAAGCAAGGACAAUAUUGAAACAGAUCUAACAACUAAUGAUAUUUCAGUUUCAAGUAUCUACAGCAUUGAAGAUAUCAAGUACGAGGGGGACAUCGCAGUCUACACUGAUCCCAAGUCUGGAAUUCAAUAUCGGUGGGACAAAGACAAAAAUACGUGGGUGGAAAAAAAUGGUGUUUAUCGAUUUGAAGAUGAUACCCAUGUUUAUACAGAUCCUGAUGGUUCAGUGUAUUUCUGGGACAAAGAAAAAAGUGCUUGGUUUCCAAAAGUUGAUGAUGAUUUCAUGGCAAGAUAUCAAAUGAAUUAUGGAUUUGUAGACAAUUUGAAUACUCAAACUGCUGCCCCCGAGAUUCCAAAAGUUGAAGAAAAACCAUAUAUAGGUAAGGGUGAAAAAAAAACAAAUAAAGUGAAGGGUGAGAAACGUAAAGCAUCCGACCCUACUUGGUUUGAGCUUGAUGAAACUCAAAAUACCAAUGUUUAUGUUUCGAACUUGCCUACUGAUAUUGAGGAACAAGAGUUUGUAGACUUCAUGCAGAAAUGUGGUAUGGUAAUGAGAGAUCAACAGUCAGGGAAAUUCAAAGUCAAACUCUAUAGGGUACCAGAUACAGAUAUUCUAAAGGGAGAUGCUUUGUGUACUUACAUAAAAAUAGAAUCUGUUGAGAUGGCUUUAAAGCUACUGGAUGGCUAUAAUUUGAAAGGACAUAAGAUCAAAGUAGAAAGGGCUAAAUUUCAGAUGAAAGGUGAUUUCGAUCCAAAACUCAAACCUAAAAUGAAGAAGAAAAAAGAAAAACUCAAACUAAAAAAACAACAAGAAAAACUUUUUGACUGGCGACCAGAAAAAAUAGUCGGAGAAAGAGCUAAGCAUGAAAGAGUUGUUAUUGUCAAAAAUCUUUUUGACCCAAAAAUCUUUGACACUGAAGUGGGCCUGAUUUUAGAAUUCCAACAAGAUUUACGAGAAGAAUGUGGGAAGUAUGGAGAAGUCCGUAGAGUUGUUAUAUAUGACAGACAUCCAGAAGGCAUUGCCCAAAUAAAUAUGGGUAAUCCUGAAGAAGCCGAUCAAAUUGUGAAUUUACUGAAUGGUAGGUGGUUUAUGAAAAGACAAUUAAUAGCUGAAAUAUGGGAUGGUAGGACCAAAUUCAAGAUAGCAGAGACUGAUUCAGAAAUUUCUCAAAGAUUAGAUAAAUGGGACAAAUUCUUAGAUGCAGAACACAAAGAAAUGAAAGUUGAACCUUCUGCCGAAGAAAACAAAUGAAACAAGAUGAAGAGUAUAAAACUCCAGAAUACUUGUUAAAUCAAAACUCCCUGAAGAAUACUUAUAAAAUUCCAGCUCAUCAGGAAUUGUAAUGAAAUGAUUAAGUAAUUCUUUUAAUCAGUUAUAGUUGCUACAGAGAUAUAAAUUAAUUUAUACAAAUCUAACCAUGUAAGAAAAUCAUAUUCUGCAGAAAUUCGUGGAUUUUAAAACUUCCCGAAUUGUGAAAAUAAUGAGAUGGUGGGAACCUAGGAAGCUUAGGUGUACUUAGUGCAAAAUAUUUAAUUUGAUGGGUCCAUGAAAUAUUCAAAUUUGAAUUUAAUAAAUAAUUUCCAAGUAAAA